CGAGAAAUAACAAUGGUGACUGACGUGCAGCUGGCCAUCUUUGCCAACAUGUUGGGUGUGUCUCUGUUCCUGCUGGUGGUUCUAUAUCACUAUGUAGCUGUCAACAACCCCAAGAAACUGGAGUAGAACUGCCCUAAAGAGGAGCUGGCAGCUGAGGGGGACCAGAGAGAGACGCAGUGAAACGCCUCUCCUCACAGGUGGCGGCUGAGGGGGACCAGAGAGAGACGCCUCUCCUCACAGGUGGCGGCUGAGAGGGACCAGAGAGAGACGCCUCUCCUCACAGGUGGCGGCUGAGAGGGACCAGAGAGAGACGCCUCUCCUCACAGGUGGCGGCUGAGGGGAACCAGAGAGAGCAGCAGCCUUUUCUUCAUUGUUCAUCUUUCCUCCUUCCCUGUCUGUCUCUCCCAGCCUGUACAGGAGUGUUUUCUAAUAAAAUGCCUGUCAACAAAUGCC